CGAGCUUCGAUGACUGCCUCGCGCGCCCGGGAGUUCGAGGUGUGCAGCAUAGCAUUCUCGCUCUCGUCUGAUCGUCUGAUCUCCCUCGAUCGACGCAAACUCAGAUGUAUCUCUCUCUGAUCUUCGACCUGUACCCUCUCGGAUUGUCGAUCGCCCAACAAGUCCAUCUUUAAUCGCCGUCUUCAAGCAACAUCAUCCCUCUCUGCACUUUGCCAGUGCCCUUACCGAGUACACAACACCAGCACCUCCACAGCUUCCUCUGAACCAUGCCGAAAGUCGUCUCGCGAGCAGCGAUCUCCUCUUCGGAUCAAGCGACCGCUACCGCUUCGUCACAAGCCAUCCUCCGGACAUUCUACUGUCUAUGUGGGGAGUUUUUGUUGGUCAUCGAUCGUGGGCUGGACAAGCUACCUAGACGGAAAACGGAUGAAUCCUAUGUGAUUCGAUGCAAGGAUGGGAUGGACCUGCCGUUACAGUCUGCGAGAAAGUUCAAAUUGAGUGCGAAGGAGGGGUCGAGGUGUCUAGUAAAGCGACGGGAUGACAAACGGCUGGAACUAAGAAAGUCUUUCAUGUGCUCGAGAUGCAAUACGCAAGUGGCAUAUCAAACCGGUCCAGGACCGAUCGGGUCGGAUCAGUUUCUGUACUUGUUGAAAGGCGGUGUUACCGAACAGCAAGGACGGAUACCGGACGAUGCCUUUGAAGGGGAAGACGCAGUCAAAUUGACGGAAGAGGAGGCAGCUAUGAGACGAGAGAUGGAAGCGGCCGAAGCAGCGAGGCAAGACAAGAUGGGCGAAGAGACAAAGAAGCAAUUGGAACGGGAUAGGCAGAAUCUGCAAGUCGGCGGAAGUCGAGAUGAGAAGCUGGAUAUGGGGGAUCAGCCGUAUUGAAAGAUGUCUGGCGGGGGUUGCAGUUUGCGUCUUUUUUCUCGUGUACAAAAUACAACGACCUUGCCUGUCAGAUCUGGUCCGCAAUGACGAUAAUCUGGAGCCGAAAGGCUGAGGUAACAAGAACACGUCUUGGCUUGGUUGACCCUUCUGAUCAGAUCGCAAGUCGGUCAUUGCAUCCGAGAACUUCGAGUGCCGCGGACGUUUUCUGGACCUC